AUGCCCUUGAGCGCCUUGUUGAGUCGCUGGAUCUUCCGGCGCUCCUAUAGCUUUCUGGAGUGGAUCGCCCUCACGGUCUUGAUGCUGAGCGCCAGCGCCUUUGUACUCCUGCAGAACUCGGCAUCAGGGAGCCAGACGGAGAGCAUUUUUAAUACCGGAAUCAGCUACGUCCUGCUCUCCGUGGUGAUGUCCUGUUUGGCCUCCAUGCUCUCCGAGAAGAUCAUGAAGGCCGGCAACAGCCACUUCUACAUUCAGAAGGUAAAUCUGGAUGUGGGAAGCUUUUUCACAUCGAUCAUCAUGCUUUGGGUCUGCGGUGCAACCAGCAAGCGCGACCAAGACGCCUUCUGGAAGCAACGCCCUGUGGAUGGCAGGAUGGAGUCUGGAAUUUUUGUGGCCUGGAAUUGGCAGAUGAUUAUUGUGCUGGUGGUGACGCUGUUGCAGAACUGGCUGGCAGGAUUCGUCGCAAAGCGCUUGUCCACGGUGAUCCGAUCGAGCGCCCAACAGCUCUCGCUGCUGAUCGUCUACUUCGUCGGGGAUCUCUUGCUGAACCAAAAGCCCUUUGAUUGGCCGGUCGGCACGACGGCCUUGGUGAUCGCGCUCUCAGUGCAGGUCUUUGUCUUCGCAGGUCAAGCUGUCAAGGAGCAAGCUGCACGGACUGGAUCGUCGGGCUGUUGA